CAUACCCACGUAAACAUAAACAAAGCAAUCGUACGAAAAAGUUGAAAAUUUGUCGCACACAAAUCAAACGAAAAAAAACGCAUUUUGCGUAUUUUUAGCUAUAAAACAGUACCAAAAAGUUCGAACGAAAAUCCACAAUGCAGGAAUCCGACAUUCACAUCGAUGUGAGCGGAGAUAUGGAACCGCCCAAGCAGGAAUCACGCUCCAGCUUCAACAUGUCCACGUUCACAAGUUUCGCACGUAUUCCGAACCUUUGGGAUCUGUUGCGUCUCACCCGGCAGAACGUACGCCCGUGGUCGGAGUUUUUGCAAACAGCAAAUUUCAAAACCGUGGCCAACAUCCCCAGGCUAACGAAUCGGAUCAUACGCAAUUUGGGUUAUUUCCAGAGUAACUAUCUGUUCGUGUUUCUCGGAUUGAUAGUGUACUGUUUGCUUACGUCUCCACUGAUUUUGAUUGUACUGGGUGCGGUUCUCUACGCUUGCUACAAAAUUAAGCAAGCCAACGCACCGGUUGCCUUUUUCUCCCGACAGCUAAACACCAAUCAGCAGUGCGUUGCCGUGAAUAUUGCCGCUAUACCGCUGCUCUAUCUUGCUGGAGCUGGAGCAGUUAUGUUUUGGGUUUUGGGUGCAUCUUUCUUCGUGAUAUCACUUCAUGCGGCCUUCUACAAUAUCGAUGCGAUCGUCACCGAGGAUACGGAAACGUUCCUCACGGAAACCGUAUAAUCGUGAAGCAUAGACACUUUCGGUGUUAAUCGAGUCCACUUUUUAGCGGUAGUUUGGAAGCAAUGCCACAUUUGAUAUAUGCACUAAAUUAGUGUGCAGUUUACCCAAAAUAAUAAUUGUUUAGUUGUGGAUGUAGUUCAUUCACAUUAUAACGACUUUGAUAUCAUAACAUAUUUUUUGCUGUUUAACAUCACUUGGUACCAGGUACUCAAGCUUUCUCGUGAUACAAUAAACAUAUUUCUAUCAAAA